AUGUUCGUACCAAAAGCAGGGCUUUCCUCCGUGGCCUCGUUGCGCAACCCACGCAGACGUCAGCGCACUAGCUCCGAUGAGUCUGUGAAGCCACCGGAUGCUAAAAGACAGCGUUCUGCGCUUCGGAGUGAAAGUCCUGGGCGUUACUCGGAGACUCAGUCAGACUCCAAGAAAAGAUUGUCGAAAGAUCCAGCACCCAAAACCGGAGACGAAUCCGACCCAACGGUUGCAAAGAAACCUGGCAUGCAAAGAUCUUUACCGGUCAGACCAUUAAAUGAACUGAAGCGACCAGUGAACGAGGUCAACACAACUGUUGUGCUUAGCGUCUUCAGUGGUGGUUGCUGGAGGAAGGAUGUCGCAACUGUAAAGGCUGCCCGUUCGCAUCAACGGGGGCAGCGGGACAUCAUCGUUGGCACAACGACAGGAGUGUUCGAGAUCUGGGAUACCCAUUGGAGUAAUGGGAGCAUAAUGAAGAAACAGUUCGAUAUCAGACAGGAUCUAUGCCGCUCCUUGGGUCGAAAGCACGCUGACGGGGCCGGUGAUGCUGAUCUAAAGAUUAUAGAUUUUGCCCUUACGUCCUGCGGAGAUAAUGCGCAAGGUUUACAGGAUACUGGAGCAGAAUCAUGGCGCCUUUGUCUGGUUGUGGCGCCUUCCCGGGAAACAGAUUGUCGAUGCAUCUCUGUGGUGCAGCUCUUGCUUUCAGAAGAAGUUCAUGUCUUGGCUGCCAGUUCCAUAGACUUGAACUUUGCUCCGACAUUGUCUAACGACCUACAGCGCAAUAUCAAGUUACAUGUAGCCACAAUGAGUCCGACAGCCUUCAUCGUGAUUGGCCAGUCGGUAUUACUGCUCUCGUUGGUUUCAUAUGGUGACUCGCCCACCUCGCAACUCUUACUAGACUCCGAUCGACUCCCCUCGCCUUUCAAUGACCAUAUUACCUUUCGGGCUGGAGCUGACUACGAGCUACUGGGCAGCGGCUGUGAGGAUGGACUUGGUGAAGGAUCUUCCUCCGCAUGCUUGGUCAUGGUUCGAAAUUUUGGCAUCAUUCGUAUCGCAGUUAUGCCUCGACAAAGCGCAGACGAUGAGAUUGAAGAGGCUCAAAUUACGGCUAAAACCAAAAUUGAACAAGCCGUAUUCUACGGCACGAGGCCAGGCAACCCACUCGAUCUAACUGACAGAGGCGGCUUCGACUUCCUCCCCCAAGAGAUUGAGGAAGCUACACUUGAAAUUUGCGGAGAAUUGCUGCGGUCUACCUCCUAUUAUAUUCCCGCCACGUCAAUUACUUUAGAUCAAAACUUGAGAUUACGAGCAAAAGCUCUGGAUGAUCUCGCGCGUCUCUUACUGCAGCAUAAAAAACCUUUGCGUCGUCAAACCUGGUACGAGCUACUGUGGAGUGCGGAGAAACUUGCUGCACAAAGGGCCCUGUGGAAGCUUGAAGAUAAGGCGAGGAGAGUAAUGGGCCAAGGAAAUACGUUUUUGGCUCAUGUGAUUGGGUCGAUGAAUGAAAAAUUUAAAACGAAAUCUGAGUAUCAGACCGAGGACAAAGAUAAUGUGCGCGACUGGUUUCUUUUUGACACGUUUCGAAUGGAACACAUUAUCCCCUGGAUCUUCAAGGCCCUCAAACUUCAAAAGGGAAUUUCUACGAAGCAGGGGCGGAGGGUAUUAGAAGAAAUCGUGCAAGCCAGUGAGCUUUCCUUGGCUGUCUUGGAGACAGCUUUUCGGUUUCGUGAUGAGCACGCUCGUCAGUACGGGCUCGAAGACGAGCACAUGGAGGACGGCGUGUUGACGUCUGGCUACGGUGGUCUUUCUGAAUUCUGGACAUCUCAGAGUAUCGUUUAUCUCGAAACGGGACAUCUUUUGGACCUAGAACUCGACACAUGUAGGGCAUGGACCCAACAAACAACGACUCCCUUGGAGCCACGGGAGCAACAGUUCGUCCGCCAAAUCGCGGAAAACAGCGCCCGCCAACUUCGUGUGCUGAGUUUAAUGCACUACGAGAGAGUCAGGUGGCUUUCCUCCCGUGAGGAUCCCAAAUCAGUCGAUGAAGGCAUUGGACUCGAGCAAACACAUACCAAGCAGCGCAGGUGGCAGCUGUUCAAGUUGGCUGGCAUCGGGCAGCUAGAAGACGCAAUUUCUCUAGCGGAGAAGUUUCGGGACAUGGGUGCAUUGGUAGAACUCAUUAUUGAGCUCCAGGAUCAGACAUUGCGAGACUCAGAACAUGCCGAACAUGUCACCAACUAUGAAUCAGAACAGCUCAGUAGGAGAAUCUCUACAUACUUCGAAAAGUUCGGCGAACCCUGGGCUGACGCCUUCUUCUCUCGCCAAAUAUCGAUGGGUCAAUCAGAGAUACUGUUCACGAUGAGAAGGUUCCAACCUUUCAUCAACCGCUUCUUGCAUAAAGAUUCAUCCUACGCUCGACUCUGCUGGAUUAAUGAUGCGAUCGGUGAGAACGACUAUGAAGCGGCCGCUCGAUCGUUGGAGACCUUGGCCCUUGAGCAUGAAUCAGAUCUCUGGUCUCAUCGCGUUGAGUUGUCCUUGUCAAAACUUGCUAAAUUGGCAGCCUGGGAAGAAAGCAGUGUAACUGGCAACCCCAUCCUUGAUAUUGAGAUCAGACGCCUGGAGGACUUGGCUGAAUUAGACGCUGUUCAAGAAGUUGUCUAUGCUUACAUCACACCAGCGUUGCAGGGCGCAAUUGAUCAAAAGGCCGAAACUGAACUAGCAAUUGACCAGUUCGGAAAGUUUGUGAAUGACACACCGUCGCUCCACGAAGUAUUAUCUGUCUUGCUCACUAAAGUGAUCACCCGGCAAAUUCUCAGGCCUGAUCAGCUGGUUGAUCUGUUGACACUGAUCGAUGGCGGCCAAGUUUCGGAGGAAACCCAAAAUGAAUUCAUUGGCAAGGAAUUUUACCUGGCUUUGCGGGUCAUUCGAUUGGACUCUUCCGCUCAGGAGGGUCCGCACUACCAGGUCCCUCUACAGAAGCUUGUAUGGCGCAGAUGCAUGAUCAGAGACGAUUGGCAAUUGGCGGGAAAUGUGGACAACACAGAUCAUGAAUCUGAAGAUCACAUCCACGGUGUCACUCUUUUUCGCACGCUCACUCUUUGUUUAAGGGAUAAGCAUUGCGCGGAUGCAGAUCAUCGUCCACUCUAUGUACCAUCCUCGCCGCUGGAUAUAGUGCUUAGCGAUUCAGAUCUCGAAUUUAUCUUGUCGUCAUAUCCCCAAGAGCAGCGUAAUAGGAUUGGCCGCGAUCUGAGCAGGGAGAAUGAUAUACUUCGCCAACGGAUUGAAGAGGGAAAACUUGAGUUCUGGUACAGGAAACUCCUAGUCUCUGCGGAAGAGGCCGUUGCAUCUUCAAAUACUCCUCCAACUGGCGCUAUGAUGCAGUUCAGCGAUGAUUUGCAGGAUCGCCAUUUGGAGACAGAAACUCCAUCUACAAGGGCGCAGUUAUCAUGGCUUUAA